CCCCUCUCUCCCGCCUCUCCUCCUCCCUUUCCCACCCCUCGGAGUGGAGCUGCACAUGCGGCUGCUCCCUGCUCCGUCCCGCCCAGCCACCGUCGCGCAGGAACGGGUCCCUGCAGCCCCCAGCCGAUGGCAGGACAGUAGCCGCCUGUCAGAGGUCGUGAACGGCUGAGGCAGACGCAGCGGCUCCCGGGCCUCAAGAGAGUGGGUGUCUCCGGAGGCCAUGGGCUACCCGGAGGUGGAGCGCAGGGAACUCCUGCCUGCAGCAGCGCCACGGGAGCGAGGGAGCCAGGGCUGCGGGUGUCGCGGGGCCCCUGCCCGGGCGGGCGAAGGGAACAGCUGCCUGCUCUUCCUGGGUUUCUUUGGCCUCUCGCUGGCCCUCCACCUGCUGACGUUGUGCUGCUACCUAGAGUUGCGCUCGGAGUUGCUGCGGGAACGUGGAGCCGAGUCCCGCCUUGGCGGCUCGGGCACCCCUGGCACCUCUGGCACCCUAAGCAGCCUCAGUGGCCUCGACCCUGACAGCCCCAUCACCAGUCGCCUUGGGCAGCCGUCACCUAAGCAGCAGCCAUUGGAACCGGGAGAAGCCGCACUCCCCUCUGACUCCCAGGACGGGCACCAGAUGGCCCUAUUGAAUUUCUUCUUCCCUGAUGAAAAGCCAUACUCUGAAGAAGAAAGUAGGCGUGUUCGCCGCAAUAAAAGAAGCAAAAGCAAUGAAGGAGCAGAUGGUCCAGUUAAAAACAAGAAAAAGGGAAAGAAAGCAGGACCUCCUGGACCCAAUGGCCCUCCAGGACCCCCAGGACCUCCAGGACCCCAGGGACCCCCAGGAAUUCCAGGGAUUCCUGGAAUUCCAGGAACAACUGUUAUGGGACCACCUGGUCCUCCAGGUCCUCCUGGUCCUCAAGGACCUCCUGGCCUCCAGGGACCUUCUGGUGCUGCUGAUAAAGCUGGCACUCGAGAAAACCAGCCAGCUGUGGUGCAUCUACAGGGCCAAGGGUCAGCAAUUCAAGUCAAGAAUGAUCUUUCAGGUGGAGUGCUCAAUGACUGGUCUCGCAUCACUAUGAACCCCAAGGUGUUUAAGCUACAUCCCCGCAGCGGGGAGCUGGAGGUACUGGUGGACGGCACCUACUUCAUCUAUAGUCAGGUAGAAGUAUACUACAUCAACUUCACUGACUUUGCCAGCUAUGAGGUGGUGGUGGAUGAGAAGCCCUUCCUGCAGUGCACACGCAGCAUCGAGACGGGCAAGACCAACUACAACACUUGCUAUACCGCAGGCGUCUGCCUCCUCAAGGCCCGGCAGAAGAUUGCCGUCAAGAUGGUGCACGCUGACAUCUCCAUCAACAUGAGCAAGCACACCACGUUCUUUGGGGCCAUCAGGCUGGGUGAAGCCCCUGCAUCCUAGAUUCCCCCCAUUUUGCCUCUGUCCAUGCCCCUUCCUGGGGUUUGGGAGCCAGGACUCCCAGAACCUCUAAGUGCUGCUGUGGAGUGAGGUGUAUUGCUGUUGCAGCCGCAGAGAGAAAUGCCCCAGUGUUAUUUAUUCCCCAGUGACUCCAGGGUGACAAGGCCUGCUUGACUUUCCAGAAUGACCUUGAGUUAACAGGACAGUUGAUGGAGCCCCAGGGUUUACAUGAAGCAGAACCUUCUUUGGUUCCAUGUUGACUGGCUUAUGGCAUGACUCUUCAACCCCGAGGUCCCUGUUGUCAGAUCUAUUGUUUGUUGCACUAAAAUGAGGAUCCAGGGCAGCAGGCCAGAGAAAGCAAAGGUGCACUCCAGACUCUGGGGGUGGACAUCUGACCCCAAGGGGGCUGCUGCUCCUCUCUUGGGUAGGGUAGUGGCUGGGGCGGAGUGGGAAGGGAGCAUUGCAGCCUAAGAAGAAGGCCAGAGAGGGAAAAGGCAGGUGCUUUUGGCAGAGACCAUGAGAGAAACCUGCCAAGGAGCAUCCUUGGCAGUGGGAAUUUUCUUUCUGCUCUAUACUGUGGCCUGCAGGAGGGUCGGAGUGCUCUUCCCACUCCGGCUGACAGCCACACCGUGGCAGCUUGCUGGGCUUUGGGAAGUUUGCUGUGCUUUGGAACAAUCACAGGGAAUGGCCACAAGACCCUGCCCGCAUAAGACCCUGAAUCCGUACUUGGGUCACAUGUCUCUCAUUUUAUUUACAGCUGUGCUCCACACUCAGAAAAUUCCCUGGGGUCACCUUCUAGUUUCCCCCAUUCCCAGCCUGACUAGAACUCCUGUCUUCUUUCUCCACAGAGCCUACCUCUGUCUGAGACAGGUGCCUAACCUGGGACCUGUGGUCGUGUGAGUCUGGGAUAUUCUUUAGCUUACCUGGGCACAAACAGAAUUUUCCAUUUAUUAAGCAGUACAAAUGUUUUUCAUCCAUUCCUAAUCGAAUUCUGUCUGGGGACAAAGGGUUGGACUGGAUGACCUCCAGAAGUCCCUUCAAUUUCUGGUACCUGUGACUCUUAGCAGGUAGCCCUCACCACAGCCUUCUAAAUUCCCAAAUCCUAGACUGCUCCUGGGCAUUAGCAAGGCGGAGCCUUGCUUGGUCUAGAAAGGGCAAGGGGUGAGGAUAGGACAGAGGGAUUUUGUUCAAGUUUGCUGCAACCCAAGUGGACAUUAGGCCAGGCCUUACCUGAAAGGCCAGCAGCUGAUGCCAUACUAACCCAGUCUUUCUUCACUCUGGCUUCAAAAAGUCACAGCAGAGCAUUGUCACCGCAGGUGCUCAUGCUGCUCCCCUAAAGCCAGGCUCAGGAAAAGCCAGUGUCUAGGCACUGAGCAGGGAUCUGCCCCCUAGUUCAGGUCCAAAUUCACCUUCCCCUAAACCCCAAGCUUCCCACCAGAUCAUAUGGUAGGACCCUCGAGAGCCUUACUUCAAAGUGCCUGGGCUCAGCCUGGCUUCUGGGUGCUAAGUCCAGCCCAAACCUGGGAAGGUCAGCCUUGUAAAGUCUGCUCCUCUUGUUCCUGAAAUGUGUUUCCUUUUCAGGAGAUGGGGAAUAAGUUCCUUCAGGCAGCUGAAAUUCACCAAGAACAGCGGGUACUUAUUUCUCAGCUGUGCCUUCCCUUUCUAAGCAACCACACUGCUUGGCCCUUCAAGGGUCAGGGUGAGAGGGGAUGGGCUAGGCCUCCGUUGUCUGGUUGCUAAUGACAGCCUUGCAACCCAAGGUGAGGUGAACUCCAGGCAUGUGUCUGGCCCUAACUCCUAUAAAGUGCCUUGGACAGUCUGCAGUUGUAGCAGAAACCAACAAGAACCUCUCCUUCAUGUUUGGAAAAUAAUUUCUCUUUUAUUAUCUCCUUUGAAGAAGGCAAGGCUGAUAAUAUGACAAACAUCAUUGUUUAGAUGAGGCUCAGAGAGGUAGCACUCUCAGAGUGUUUUGACCAGUUUAAGCCGCAGACCUGGAGCUUCAGCCAGGUCUGACUCCAAAGCUGUUCCAUUAUACCACAGCACUGUGUGGAAUUUGAGGUCUAGAGAGAACCAAUAAAAGUGGUAAUUUGGAACUGAAAUCCUUGAGAGUUCUAGGGAGAAACCCAGAGAUGCCUGAUUUCAUUCCUCAAUGGUAAUACCUGUCCUCUUGGCUGCCAGGGGCUCUGUGGCAAAAAGAGUCAGACAUUUCUUUGGAAAACAGCCAAAAGCCUUAGAGCUCUUGUGUUCAGAAGAAUCUUCCUGGUACCAUGUUGAAGCAGCAGGCCUCUGGGACCCACAGAACUGGUGGCCUUUAUGUUCUUUCACCCAUCCUAGGAACCAACCAACCAUCAUGUGUGGAGCCCCUACUGUGGGCAAGGUCCUCCUUUCAUUACCCUACAGACAGCUUACAGGAGCCAGCCUGCUUCCCACAACUACUAGUGUGACUCCUUAUCUCUUACCACCAUACCUUAGAGACUUUGAUACUACCAGGGUCUCUCAGGGAUGGAGGGAAGAUCUGAAAGAGAGGACUGGUUCUGAGGCCAGAAAGGUGUGAGGAGAGAGGAGGAAAAGUCUUCCUAAUUGUGCCCCUAAAGAGCAUCCUGAUACCAUUCUGUUCUCCAGAAAUGGAGGGGAUGAUAAAGGAAAUAGGAUCUCCACUGGACCCUUGAUUCAUUCUGAACCCUCCAAAGGAACUCUAGAGGGCGAGGGAUGAUGAGGGAAGCAAUAGGUAGCUGGGGAGCCCUAUUGCUGCUAAGUUAUUGGCAAAGUGACAAAGCAAUUUACUGAUGAGAGAAUGUGGAAAUAGAUGUGCAGUUUGGAAUUAUGCUGGUGUGAGUUUGCCAGAGGACCAAUGCUAGCAUGGAGAAUGGGACGAGGACAUUUGUGGUCAAGCAGAUGACAGAGGUUUGAAGGAGAAUUGCAUGGCAGGAGUCUCUGCCAGCUACUUGGGCUUCAACAGCCAAGCUGGCACAAAAGACAGCUGGCGGAGGCUGCUCGGCUACUGGUUACCUGGAGUAGUAUUUGCCUAUUUCCCCCUUCAUCCAUCCUGAGCCAAAUUUCUUUUGCUGAACAGGAAAGAGCUAGGAACCCUGGAGGUAAACAAAGACUUUGAUCCAUGUAUGAGUGUGUGUGUUUAUGUAACUUCCUGUGGAUGCAAAUAGAUUCAGAGAAAUUUAGAGCUAAAAAGGCCCUUAGAGGGAAUCUAGCCCAACCUACAUUCCACCCUGUUACUUAUGUAGAAACUGAGGCCCAGAGAAGGAAGAUGACCUGCCCCAAGUGGUGAGCAAGCACCAACCUCCAUACUCAGCAGAGUGAGGGGGUAAAGCAGUUCCUGUCCCACAUGGCCAUCUUCUUUCUUCCACCCACAAACUCCAGGCUGGAAGUACUUGGCCCCCUUCAGGAGCCUGGCCAGGCAGGGAGAGAGUAGCUGCAGCCUUCAUCAGAACUCUUCCUCCUCCCAAGGCAUUCUCCCAGCUCUAGCCUCUGGACUGGAAAGCACAAGACUGGCCCAGUACCAGCAAGUCCUUAGGCUACUGUAAUGCUGCCUCAGGACCCAUCCCUGCCUGGAGGCUCCUCUAGGCCCUGUGAGCACAAAGAAGAAAGCUGAUUUUUGUCUUUUAAUCCAUUUCAGGACUCUCUCCAGGAGGGCUCGGGGUGUGUCAUUUCUAUAUUCCUCCAGCUGGGAUUGGGGGGUGGGCUUUGUUGUGAGAAUGGCCUGGAGCAGGCCCAAUGCUGCUUUUGGGGGUCAGCAUCCAGUGUGAGAUACUGUGUAUAUAAACUAUAUAUAAUGUAUAUAAACUGGGAUGUAAGUUUGUGUAAAUUAAUGGUUUAUUCUUUGCAAAUAAAGCGCUUUCCCCGUCUGUUCUUGAAA